AUGGCAAUUGAGCAUUAUCCGCUUGGUGUCAACUUUGGAUUGAAGUAUAUCACUGCUGCCUACUUUACAGCAUCAGGCGAGCCCAUUGCUGCUGUAAAACUUGAAGGGUCCGAAGAAUACCAGAGGCACAUUCAGGCGUUGGUGACAGAUUCCCGAAAAAGAGAGAUGCGCUUUGGGGAGAUCUACAUCAGAGAAGGUUCAGAGCUACACCCAGCACCGACAGAGUAUCUUGCCUACCCUGAGAAGGAUCGUGAGAUCUUCUCCCAGAUCCUCCGACAGGUCACAGAUACUGCCACGCGCUCCUUGGGCCACGGUCGCUCUGUCGAGAUUACCGUUGCUAGUGUUCCAUCCGGACUUGACCGCAUUGCCUCUGAACAUCUCCAUCAUUCAAUUAUACGGACGGAUGCAUCUUCCCUUCAGCAUGGGUGGCAAAAACUACAGUUUCUUGACGCUGCUCGAUUAGCCUAUGACCUAGACACAUGUGAGGCAUUUGGCCAGUCUCCUUCUUGUAACUUGGAGACUGGGGGACCGUAUACUAUCUUAUACGUCGAUCAAACCCCCGGUUACUUAGACCUCUGGGCGGCAGAUGUCGGAGAAUUCAGUGUGGCCGAGUUCGAGCACAAUCGCAUCCAGCAUUCGGAAGCAGCAGAUGCAAUGGCAAUCACAACCGCCGUCAAAAAAUUCAUCUCAGAACAGCUAGCUCAAUACGAAACCGACAUCCGUGCUGUUAUUCUUAGCGGCGAGGCACCACCGGCAGACUUAAAAAGCACCCGUCAAGCUAUUCAAGAGGCACUGCCUGAUCAACUACAGCAUCUGCUUCGAGAUCAGAUUGAUCCAGUCUUUACUGGUGCGAUUGGGGCUGCACAUCGCGCACGGAAACACGUGCAUGAUCCGGAAUUAUUAAACAUUAAAAGUGACCAUGAACAUUUCCGUCAUUUCCCUGACCUUGACCAUGACGAACUGUGA